UGCAAAUACACCUCGUGAUGUUAAUUAUAAUAAAAUUGUUGAUAAAGAAGCUAAUAGACCUAUGACUGAUCUUGAAAUUCGUGGUAUUUUAUUUGAUGGAAUAGUUGGUGGAACUGAUACUACUGCGAAUACUGUUUCAUACAUUAUCUAUUAUCUUUCACUUUAUCCAGAUGUUAAAAAGAAAAUGUUGGACGAAAUUGAUAGAAACUUUCAAGGUGACAAAAAACGUCCAAUUACCAGAAAGGAUAUUAAUAAUUUAAAAUAUUGUGAAGCGGUUAUAAAAGAAGUAUCUCGUAUUUUCCCAGUCGUAAAUUCAUUUCCAAGAUGUCUUGAAAAACCUGAUGAAAUAGCAGGUUAUCAAUGGCCAGCUGAUACAAUGUUAAGAAUUAAUAUUGAUGCUAUGAAUCUUAAUGAAGACUAUUGGGAUGAACCAAAUAAAUUUAAUCCCGAUAGAUGGAUGGUUGAAGGGUUUGAACCAAAGAAAAAAGCAUUUGUUAUGUUUGGAGGAGGAUUAAGACUAUGUCCAGGAAGAAAGUUGGCAAUGCUUGAAUUAGCUGGUUUAAUAGCUUUAAUAUAUAGAAAAUAUGAUAUUGAUGUAAUAGAUAAGAAAGCUCCUUUAAAAACUGAAUCAAGUAUUAUAACAGCUUGUUCUGAAUUAUUAGUUGAAAUUAAAUUAAGAAA